AUGUCGAAAUCCGGUUCAUUUCCGAAGCCUGGAGAUAACAAGGCUUUUCGCGCGCAGUUUAGCAUAACACAAUUAGAAGACUUCGCCCACCUCUUUAUAGGGCCACUUUCUGACAUACUCCUCAUCUGCCUCGACGCCACGAUCCACGAGAUCGAGCCACGAGAAAUAAGUGAAUUGGGCAUCACUUUAGUUGAUAGCCGCGAUAUUAAGACCUCCGCUGAAAUCUCCUACGCUAAGAUAAUCGCGACUACCAUGGUACCCAUGCACUUCCGCAUCCGCGAGUACGGCCAUUUACGAAACCGGCGAUACGGUCACCACAACCCAGAAAACUUCCGGUUCGGGACGACGAAGUGGGUGACUAAGACCCAGGGUCCGAACAUCCUUAAAGAGAUUCUAGGCCAGAAAGCAAACCCAAGUAGUCCAAAUCCAAAGGCGCCGCUCCGCCCUAUUGUUGUCCUAGGCCACGCGAUACACGACACUAUUCGCAAGCUACACUGGAAGUACAGUAUCAACAUCGAGGUGAUGGAUCACGUCGUGGGAAUCUUAGAUACGCAAGACCUUGCGCGGGAAACAGGAAGAUCUGGAGCAUCAAACAUUAGUCUACGGAAACUAGCUGGGGUUAUGGGUAUGGAUAUCAGCUGUGCUUCCAAUAGCGGGGAUAGCGCUGCUUGCGCCAUGCUCUGCGCAGGCAUCAUGGUUCAGGAUGCUGUGCCAGAGCCAGACCGUGAUUGUUUCUCGAAACCACGAGUUCUGGCGGAAAACGAGGCCCAGGUUUGGGAGACUGUUUCACUGGAUUACGAUCCGCUUGAUAGCAAGAAUUUCAACGUAGAGGUAUCCGAAGAAGUUGAAGACGAAAAUGAAAACGUAGAUGAAGAAGCCUCCAACCAUUCCACAGGAUAUCGGCUCCGCGGCCGCUCACCCACAAUGCACAUUCUCGUACACACUAAAGUCGAAGACCUCAUACCCGUUGAUCCCGCACUAGUGCCAUCUCCACAAUCUCGUCGUGCUAAUUUUGAGCUCUGCAAGGCAGCCGAGUUGCAGGGCCAGCAGAAACCGGCUCCGAGGUGGGGAGUUGCUGUUUAUUGUUUGCGGUGUAAUAGGAUCAAUGAUCAUGUUGAAGGUGAGUGCGAUAUCAAGAUGAAUAAGGUCACCUGCGCGAAGUGCCGGGCGCAUAGGCUACCGGUGAGGGUUGUGACUACACAUCAUACCCUCAGGUGUAUGAGGUUUUUGGGGAAGUGA